UAUCACCUACACAAAUUCUGUUAAACUUCUUUUAUCUAGAUAAUGAAAAAGCAUGCGUGUGACCUGUGGCACACCUGAAAUUAUACGGAAUCCUGCUUCAAAGGCUCUCCGAGCAGUGAAUGGUGGCAGCAUUGAAACAGAAAAUAUACAGCCACUAAUUUCCAUACUUUAAUUAGGAUGAAUUUCCAUUGAUCCACAGUACAUAAUGACUUUAUUAUUUUAUAAUCAUAGAAUUAUGGUGUGACACCCUGGUUUUAUGAGGAAUUGAUUAGACAGGAGGUAGGAGUGAGGAGGAGCGGUGCUGUAUUUGUUUGGCUUGUAUCUCUGUACUUUCAGAUCAAUUCGGACAUCAGUCAAAAACAAGAAAACAUGCUCUCAUUCUCCCUGACUCCGCCCUCCAUUCACAAACUAGCGUUUAACCAUGCUUCUGACACAACAAACGACAAAUCUUAAUUUGACGCAAAUCUUAACACACAGAUCUUAAUUAAUAAUCUUUAAAAAUAUAUAUUAAAAUCUUCUACUGUGAGCACUUUAUAUACACUUAAAUCAAAAUUAUUCACCCCCCAUUGCAAAUCAAGUUUAUUGACAGAAUGUACAGACUUUCAGCUGUUUGCGAUAAACAAAUGUAAUUGUAACAGUUCAACACAAUGAAUGCUUCAAGUGUUUUUUUGCCAAAUUCAACUGAAAUGGAACUUAUAAUGACUUCUCCAGUCUCAAAAUUAUUCACCAGCUGAAUAGAAUCCCUCACAACAGCACAAGUAUGCAGAGCAGGUGUUGUCCCAAGCACACUUGAUCAAGGGCUUCAUUAACUGCACCAGGUGUGCUUGAGCUGGAACACGUGAAAUACCUGAACUGGCUAGGGGUAGAAAAUGUAUGAAAUACCUGGAACAGGACAGAAAAAGGAAGCUGUCAAUGGCUGCAACUAGAUUUCUGAGAAGGCAGGACUUGACCGCUCACCAGAAACAAGAUGAGCAAGCAGUACAAGGACAGGGAGUCCGGCUCUUCUCUCAGUAUCUUCAUGUGGAAACCAGAUCAUCAUCAACAAUGAGUAAACAAGAUAAAAUUCAGAAGGACUUCCUUCUUCCGGAUCUCAAAAAAGAUGGGGUGAAGCUUUAUCUCCAGAAGAUCAGAAAAGUUGCUUCGGAUAACAGGGGGUCAGAGAUUAAACUGAAAAAGGUAGAAGAGUACAGUUUCAAGGUCGGAACUUUGGAAGAAACAUCGUACAAAGAUGAGCCCGACAUGGUCGAUGAGUGGGAGCAGUUCUACCUCCCAGAACACAUGUUCAUGGAGGUGAUUGGUGUUUUUGAGGAGUUCCCCUGUUGCUCCCCCAAUGGUGAUCUGGUGCUGAUGGUGUGUGAGGACGAGAAGGUGUUUGCUUUUGAAGAUGAGACGCUGCAUCUCGUCUCAAACAACCUCGAAGAGCUGUUUAAGAACGGCCUCCAGUUUCCAGGAACCGAGCAGUAUUACCGUGGGCAAACCUUUGAGGACAUGACCGAAGAAGAUUGGGACAGGGUGAGGGAAUCAGACGGAUUGAAGGAGAAGAGGAAGGAACACCAGGAACUGCUGGAGAGUAUGAAGGACUCCUUUCUCAACAACCUGAACAUCAUCAUGGGGAGAAAGCGAGUCGUGCCAAUCCCUGAUCCUGAGGAAAAGCCAUUAGUGUCUGUUUGAAACAUGCAGUAAGAUUAAAAUCAUCUGGGUUUGGAUCA